AGGCGCCGUGCAGCCGACCUUCCAAUGUCAAUUUCUUUAUCCGGGCGAAGCGAGUUGGUCCUCAGCAUCAGCACAACUAACCUAUGAAAUAUUCCAAGUAACUCAGCUGGAUCGCUUCCACGCCGAAGUGCGUUGCCCGCCACCAAAGAGAGUUGCUUUGAACAAUCAAGAUGCAGUCCAGUUGCGACUUGUGGCGCCUGACGGGAAAAGCACUUCCAACCCGAUCCGGCUUGUCCACAAAGUCGCUCCUACAACCUGGGGUUCCACCUCGGCCGUCAUCACUAUGGGCCUCAGCAAUAAUAUGGCUUCAGCAUACCGGAUAUCGAGGGCCUUGUUUCAGAUGACCUGGCCCAAUCGUUUUCCGGCAAAAAGCGUUGCGUACUACUCAAUAUCCUCCUUCGGUUCGCAAUUGGCGAUCGUGCCCGGCGAUUCAUUCGAGUGGAUCUUUACCAUUCCCCGAACUCUCUCGAACUUUGAGCAGUUCAAGGCCAUGACAUCCGUCAGUUUCGAAGUUUGCCCUUACUUUUACGGACACGGUGCGGAGCCACGACAGAACUGUCUUGCCUCCUCGGAAAUCGUCUUUGACAACAAGCCAGUGAAGCUGAAUCCCGCCGUCCAAAGUCAGGUUCCCACCGGAGUUCGCAUCCUCGGUUAUGGUUCUGCCAAAGGAUUCUUGUACGAAGCGGUCCAAUUCCAGCCGACGGAUAAGAAUUUGGCAGCUGAAUGGAAAGAUUCCUUCGAGUACGCAGGGAGUAAGAAAAUCGACCAUUAUGACAUGAUGAUCGGGAAUGCACCGUUUGAAAGUGCGGUUGAUGUUGUUCGCGGCUUGACGAGCACAUCCUUCAACACGUCGACGGCGCUCGAAGUUGGUGUCGCGUACUUUGUCACAAUAACUGCAUGGGAUGAAGCGGGAAUUCCGUCGCUUCUAUCGUCGGCGCCCAUAACCGUUGACGCCACAGCUCCAACUGGGUAGGUUGUGAUUGAGAAGUUACUUUUUGGCCGAGGACAAAACUUUCAUACUCUACAGGGGCAUUGUGUAUGAUGGAAACGUGACAUCAGUCUUGGAGAACGGAUAUCAGUCAGACCCAUCGUCAG